CACCAGAUCCUCAUGCACAGCCUGAUGCUCAGAGCCCUGCCCUCAUCCGUGUUUUCGCCCCCCGGGGCAUCCCAGGCCGCCCCCCUGCACCCCGGCCUGCAGAGGCCCCGGGCGCCGUCCGUGCAUCACCACCACCACUACGCGCCCCCAGCCCCCGGCUCCCUGCCCGCUUGCCCGCCCUGGCCCGCGCUCCUGGCCACCCUCCAGCCCACGCCCAGCCUCCUGCCUGCACUGCACCCCCUGGCCCGCCCCGCGGUGGCCCGCAGCCCGUGAGUCCAGGCCAGCCUCGCGGGUCCGCGCGGUGGGACCCCUGGGCCGGCUGCACCUUGUCGCCCCUGCUGCUGGCGCGGUGGCCCGUCUCCCGGGGCCUAGGCCGUGGCAGGGAGUCUGGAAAGGCCCUUCCCCCUUCCAGGGGAGGGGGGGGGCCCGGGAGUCAGGGCUCGGGGUGGGCCCGUGCCCUGACCCCCUGGGGAGGCCGCCUGGGGCCUGGGCGUCGGGCCAGCAGGGCAGGAGCGGGGCUGUCGCGGUGUCUGCAGGCAGGCAGGGCGAUGACGGCACCUGGGCCUCCCGGCUCCCCUAGGCCCGCCUCUGACGGCGCGCUGCCCACCCAGGCGGCCGGCCCGUGGGCCUGGGUGCAAGGACUCUGGUAAGCGGGGUCCCUGAGGCCCCUCGGGUGUGGUCGCCGAGGCCCCGAAGUCGCCGGAUGGGCCCGGGGUCUCGUCGGGAGAGGUGGCCCAGGGGCCCCGAGAGAAAGGAUCCACGGAGCAAACCUUCCUGCGGGGGAGCAGGCUCGGCGGAGCGGGAGCGUGAGGGUGCCCGGCUGCUGCCUCCCCCGGGGGAGCCCGUGGGGCCACGGCCAGGCACCUCUGCAUGUUUGCCUCCCUGGGGCUGCGGGGUCCUGACCUGAACCUCGCCUGCACUCUCUUCACUUUUCCUCUGUUUUUAAAAAUUAUUUAUUGGGGAUCCCUGGGUGGUGCAGCGGUUUG